AUGUCGUUACAAGGUUCUUGUAAUUUUUCGGACGACGGCAGUGCUGUCAUAGAGAGAAUUGUUGAGAAUAAAAGUCACAAGCUGUCAAAGUCGCUCAAUUUUGAGGAAUUUUACGAGAUCGAACGUACCGUAAAUGCGUUGACAACCGGUGGCUAUGAAACGUUUCCGGACGAAUUAUUGACCGAUUCUGCCGAGGUCGCGAUAAUUCUCAAAAACAGAACUCAAAAAAAAUAUUUUAUUUUGGCGGACACCUCCUAUGGAAGAUAUUUCAUCCUUAUUCCUCUGACCAUUUAUCACACAGACGAACUUAAAUCGCUAAAUUUGUUAAGCACCUCCCGACUACCGGUCCUAUAUGUGUUUGGAAAGCAGCUGAUUGACAUGGAUCAUUGUUCGACGAUAUUUGACGGUUUCUUCGGUAAUGACAACUCUCAGAAAAUCGUCAUAAUGUAUGACGUGGUAUACUGUCAUUGUAUUGACGAAUUUGCUCGGAAAUUACAUGCGAGAUUUAAUUACUCAAAUAUUAUUCUAUCCCUCGUCAACUUGGACCCGUUCGUGCCGCGUCAAGUGGGUGACAAAAUAUGUACGGAAACGCAAGGAAGACAUUAUUCUCUUCCCGAGGGAACGAGCAUCGAAGACUUUUUGAUAUUUUAUAUUGGUGGCGAAAGUUCUACCCUGUCGAAUCUCUUACUGACGCAUAACAAGUGUAAAGUGUAUUCAUAUGAUCCGGAGACACGCGUAGGGCGUCAGGAGAGCUUGCAUGUAAAUCGUGCUUUAAUGAAGCGUUAUUACAUGGUUCAGAAGGCCAAAGAUGCAGAUGUCAUUGGGAUAGUUGUGGGAACCCUGGGAAAGUCGUAUACAUUCGUUAUGGGCAAACUUAACAUAUCGAAGAUGGCAAACUUUAUGGAGAUCGAUUGUUUUGUACUUGUGGCUUGCCCGGAAAACAGUCUAAUUGAUUCAAAGGAGUUCUACCGGCCAAUUGUUACGCCUUUUGAGUUGGAAAUGUCGCUCGAUCCAUCAAAAGAAUGGACCGGAGAAUAUACAACCGAUUUCCGGCAAUUAUUAUUAAGUGGUCACAAUGCUCAAGAAAAUUCACGGACAAAAGCUGUAGAGGACAUGGGAUUCAAUGAUCAAGAUGAUGUGCCGCAUUUCUCCCUGGUUACCGGCAAAUUAAAAAAAGAAGACGUGGUCAGUACUUUGGAAGGUAUCACCGAUUUGACUUUGCGCGACAAGAAUACAUCGGUGUCUACUGUGCUGAGUAGUGCUGCUGGGGAAUUUUUGAAUUCACGAACAUUCCGAGGUCUCGAACAAAAUAUUGGUGAAACCGAAGUUCAGAUAGCGGAAGAGGGUCGAAAGGGUACUGCCAUGGGUUAUUCUGAUGAAAAAGAAAUCUAA